CGCUUGAACUAACUUUUACCACAAAGGUCUGGAAAGAAUAGAAAAAUCUUAUUACUAGAUAAAUGCAAAUGCUCUUUGCAAAAACUGACUGCAUGUAACUGGCAGGUUGCAUUUGAAUGUUCUCUACCUAUAUUUCUAUUGCUCUUUCCAGAUUACAAACCAUUUAUCUGAAGUUGACGACCUGGUCAAGUUUGUCAAUCUAAUUCCUCUCCCAUCUAAAGGAAUAUCUGUCGUAGUGGAUGACUCGCACUUUGGACGUGCCUCGCUUACCCGCAUUGUUAAGAAAUGCGCAGAGUAUGGCCUAAAUAUUACAGGCAUGCAAAUGAUAAGCAAUGUCGAUAAGAGGACCAUAUUUGCCUUAAAUAUUCACAAAAGCAAUGUGCUUGUUGUUGAUGCUGAUGAAAAGAAAACGGUCAAAAUCGUUAACAUGGUAAAACACUUGGGCGUGGCAGGGUAUCGCGAGGAGUUGUUUUGGAUGAUGACCACACGAUCUACUGGACAACUCGACAGGCAAUGCAACUUACUUCCUCACACAUAUCGAUAUAUAGAUAACGUCCCUGUUUCCGUGUCUUCUGACUACAUCAUGGAGAAGAUUCAGCGACGAAACUUGGCUAGUCUGAAUCGGAAUCGCAAUGGAAUUACAGGAAAGAAACCAUCUGUCAAAGAACUUAACACCCACACUCAAUCGUGGUUUACUCUGAAUACCCUAACAAUGCAGCCUGAAGAGCAUUCUCACUCUACAAGCGAAGAUUUGCAGCCAGUGGUACGAGUGGCAAUCGCGCAUACCACUGCACCCUGGGUGAUUGUGGAAGAGGUGAGUAAAACACACACCGAUCAAGCAGCAUGUGGUCGUACCGGCAUGUUGGGAAAGAAGUUUGUCAAUGGAACAGGAACUGUGAAGAUAUGUGCUUAUGGCUAUGUCAUCGAUUUACUAAAUCUUUUGAAAACAAAGCUCCUUUUUGAGGCUGUAAUUUCCACCUCAAGAGACGGAAAAUAUGGAUCUUACGAUUUAGAAACAGGUGAAAAUGAUGGAAUUGUUAGAGAAGUGCUUGAAAACAAAGCCGACAUUGGCAUAGAUCUAACCGAGAACAAAGGAAGAUCCAAAGCACUUUGGUUCUCAAACCCCCACCUUAUUGCUCCGAUGGCCGUAGCCUACAUAGAGAAAAACAGUUUUGAUGAAUCGAGUAUUUUUGGCCCUUUCAGUAACAACCUUUAUAUCGGAAUAAUUGGAAUGAUUGUAGGGCUAGUUGUGAUCGUUUUUGUAACAGAACAUGUCAGUCCUUACAGUGGAUUUCAAAUGAAAAAAAGAUGUUUAGUCGACAUGGAAGACUUUGGUACUUUAGACAGUGCAACGUACGUAUGGGGCACCUUAUUUACAGGCGAAAUAAUUGAAAAGAAACCGAAAUCAUCUGGAAGUCGGACAAUGGUACUUGCUUUCUCGUGUGCUUCCGUUGUUAUAUUAUCGGCAUAUUCUGGAAACCUCAUCACCUACCUGGUAGUACUGGAUGAAAGGCCUCCAAUCUCAGGAUUGCUUGAUCCAAAGAUAAUCGGAAAAGAAAGUACGAUGAAAAUUGGGAUCCCUGUUGGUACAGUUGUUGGUGGAUUGAUCAAAACACAUUCGGAUGCCAGAGUUAGAAACCUUUAUGGAAGACUGACACACUGCCCGAGCUUUGAUGAAUGUGUGAAAAAAAUUAAGCGCAAGGAAAUAGACCUAUUUAUGUCUGACGGUCCAACUUUGAGAUAUUAUGCGUCAAUCGAUCAUAGCUGUUCUUUGAGAGUCAUGGAUCUGACAGAACGAGAUCGUGCGAUAGGAAUCGUAGCACGCAAAAAUUGGUCAUGGAGGAGAAGGAUCAACACAGCUAUCAAUCAUAUUGUUUCAUCUGGUAAUGCUGACUACAUUUAUGCCAAAUGGCUGGGAAAACUUCCUUGCAAAAGAACAAACACUUUCUUUAGCCUUGAUAUCAUGAGACUAAAGCAUCUGUUCGUCUUGCUUGCAGGCUUUAUGGCUGGGUGUAUUCUUGUAUGCUUAACUUUGAGAAUUUUUUGCAAGUUUUACACGAAGAAGAAAGAUGACACAGAUAAAGAAUAUGAUUGAAUUUAAAAUCAACAAUUUGUUAAAAAGUCCGAUCCUAAAACAGGAGCUUUUAAUCAAAUUUCAGCCAGGAGAUUUAGGGGAGGUUCGGGAAAUUGAUAAUUGCAUCAAAAUUCUUUUAGGGAUCAGUAGUAGCUGUCUUGCAAUUAGAGGUGUACUGACCCGUCUCGCGUGAAAAACGUACAUAAAUGGAUAAAAUAUAAGAUUUUUCUAUUGAUAUCUCUAUAUUGGAAAAUAUGGUUGCGUACUGUAUGUUCCUUUAUUUAAAAUCUGAAAAAGUCGGGGGGACUGAACAAUAGCACUCAAAAUCACAAACAACUUUCUAGCCAUCCUUUCUUCUAAAAAAGUUAUUUAGGGACCAUAUCAACUUACUAACUACGGGGGCAAAUGCCCCUGCAGCCCAAGUGACUUCCCUUUGUUUAUAACAAUAGGCUAUUGUCCUCUUCUUGAUAUUAACAAAUGCUUGCCCUGCAACCAAUUUCUCUCCCUAAAGGCUUUGGAGCUAUUGGAAUAAAAGUAGGUAGAAACAAGACAUUGAUUAAGUGAUAGGUAUUAAUGAUGAAAUUAGAUAUCGUCAUAUUUAUAGCUAAGUAUAUCUUUUAGAAAGAAGUGAUCUCCUUAUAAAACAACUUAAAUGCUGGAUGCCUUUAUCCCUACCAGGACAAACUGCAAGGGUAUAGAUGGUAUAUUAUUGCAAUAAUUUGAAGUUAUAGCUUAGAGUUAAUUUUACGUAAUUUUCGGUUUUUUAAAGUUUUGGAAUGGUGGAACAUACCACAUUCAGCUAGCGGCGAGAAAUAUGUACGCACACGGUAGUAUCUUUCCAGUUUUUGGCGUUAAAGAACUUGAAAAUGGCUUAAGUAAACAUUUUAUAACAUGUUGGCUUAAAGACCGGUAUAGUUGUCCAAUCAGUGCCACGUGCCUAAAGAAAAUUUACCACUAGAGUCCAAGAGAGAAAACGAACUCCUUCUGUCUACAAAAAGCCGCCAUUGUUAGAUUGAUCGACAAUGGCUUUUUCCAAGGUCAGAAGAAGAUGAUCAGGACACCAUUUUAAAAAAACGUUUAAAGGCUAAAAGGCCUUGCGUUCUUUAACAUUUAAAAAAGAAAAAAAUAUUUUGCAAGAUGAUCCCCUCCUCGAGGUUUUCAACCACCAACUGUUCAUGGGAUUGUAACUGUAAUGCCUUUUGUGCACUCUUUAUCACAGACGUCGUAAUCUGUAAUAUUGAAAACUAGACAUUCAGAUUAUUUCAUGUUUCGUUUAAUGUUAUUCUUUCAACACCAUUUUUCUUGCCCUUUCGUUUGUAAACGUGCAAAUAAAACGUAUUUACCUGUUUCAGUAAAAUGAAAUCAAUAUUGUUUUUAAAUAAAAAACUCAAAUUCUGGUGAAGUACCGUCCAGUAUAAAGCAUGCUGUUUGUUUGGACUAUUUCUACUUUGCUUUUGAAAUCGUUAUUCCGCAUUUGUAAUCCUUUGUAAUUCUGCACUUGUAAUCUAUGGUAUCCUUUGAACAAGCAGAAAAUUUCGAUUCCUACAAUAUAUCCUAACUUAUGAGAAGAAUUUGUUUUUCUCGAAAAUUCUACUUUAUGCAUUGGAAUUUUAUGGAUUGAUCCAAUUUAGCAUUCUUAAUUAGAAAUUGGACUGAGGUGAAUGAUAGCAGAAACAGUAUGUAAAGAAAUACCUAAAGUUGGGAGCAUAAUACCUUUGAUUUUUGCUUGGCAAAAAACAACCUCAGCAACCUCUUAGCCUUUUAGAUGAAAAUUGACGUAACCAAAAUGCUAUGUCUUAAUUUUAUCUGUUCAGGGAAAUAGACUUACUUCUGUCUGACAGUCCAAUUGAUCUAGUUUUUUAACACGUUUAACUAUCUUUUUGUCUUGCUUUUAGACUUCAUGGCUAGAUUAAUUGUUAUUUUUUUAGCUUUGAGAAUCGCCAGCAAGUUGUACCAAAGAAGAUGACAUAACGAAGGUUAUGUCCUUUUAGGUAGGAAAGGAAUUGAAGGGAUUUGUUGAACUUGGCAACAUCGGCAUGUUUAAAAAGGUAUGUAGAUAACUGUAGAUUAUAUUCAUAGAGAAUCGUCAGGCGAAGGGAAUUAAAAAAACUGAUUGUAGCAAAGUAAAUAAAAUAAAAUUAUUCUGAAUUAUACGAGAUGGUUUUCCCUUCAUCGAGAAGUAAACUUCUUGUAGAACUGUUAAAAUUCCAACUAAAGAUGGAUGCGUGUACUUCUUGGAGAG